AUGGCUAUUCAAAAAGCUUACAGAAUUGGCGUUGACGUUGGGGGGACCAACACUGAUUGUGUAAUUCUACAUCCUGGUGAAGCCGACACACCAGAAAGAGGCAUUCGUAGCGCUUGCAAAACACCGACGACAACAAAUGUGACGGAAGGUAUUUCCAAAGCCAUUGAGGGAGCGAUCUCAAAAUGUGGAGUCUCUCUGGCUGCUGUGUCGGCGGUGAUGAUCGGAACGACUCACUUUAUCAACGCUGUCGUUCAAGCAGAUGAUCGCAAUUUGAGAAAGGUUGCCGUAUUUAGGGUUUGUGGACCCUAUACAAAGGAAAAUCCUGCAUUUUUAGAUUUCCCACCAAUCCUUGCCCGGAUCAUGAAUGGUCAUGUCGCCUAUGUGGACGGCGGGCUCGAAUUUGAUACCCGAGAAAUCAUGCCCUUGAACGAAGGACAAAUCCGAAAGGAGUGCCAGAUUGUCAAGGAGAAAGGUAUCACCGACAUUGCUGUCGUGGGUGUAUUCUCCCCUCUCGACAUUGCUGGGAAGCAGGAAGCGAGAGUCAAACAAAUCAUCCUGGAGGAAAUCCCCGGUGCUGAUGUUGUUUUAUCGCGAGAGAUUGGCCAACUGGGAUAUCUCGAAAGAGAAAACGCGACUAUUCUCAACACCUCUAUUCUGAAGUUUGCGCGGAGAACCAUCAGAGGGUUUAAAUUGGCUACGCGAUCACUCGGCCUUUCGUGCCCAUUGUUUCUAACACAGAACGACGGAACCAUCAUUGACGCCGACUCAGCCGAGAAAUGUCCCAUCAAGACAUUUUCAAGCGGCCCGACCAAUUCCAUGUCCGGGGCUGCUUACCUCGCUGGCCUUGAUACUCAGAAAGGACGAAUAGAAAACGCUCAGGUUAUUGUGGCAGAUGUGGGUGGUACAACAACAGAUGUUUGUGCGCUCUUACCAUCAGGAUUCCCGCGUCAAGCAGGGACGUGGGUAGACAUUGGAGGUGUUCGCAGUGCAUUCCCUAUGCCUGAAGUUCUCUCUAUCGCCCUCGGGGGUGGCACAAAGGUCGAGGAACGAGGUGGAAAAGUGACUGUUGGCCCCGAGUCAGUGGGGCAUCGGCUCAUCACGGAGGGACUUGUUUUUGGCGGCAACACUCUGACUACCACUGACAUCGUCGUCGCCAGCGGUCACGCAACCGUGGGCGAAGCUGCAAAGGUCAAGGAUGUUCCGAAAGACAUCGUUACAAAGGCACGACAUCGAAUAAAGAGAAUGUUAGAGAAUGCUGUCGACGCCAUGAAAUUAAGUGCAGAUGAUGCUGUCGUGAUUCUCGUGGGUGGGGGCAGCAUUGUGCAUAUGGAUGACCUGGAGGGAGUUGGACAAAUAAUCCGCCCACCACAUCAUGACUGCGCCAAUGCCGUUGGUGCAGCAAUCGCAAAGAUUUCUGGACAGAUAGACGUCGUCAAGGUCCUUGAAGGUCUUGAUGAGGAGAAGGUGGUUGAAGACGUGUGCUCUGAGGCCAAAAAGCUGGCAAUUGAUGCUGGUGCCGAUCCAGAGUCCGUCAAGAUCGUUACGAUCGAGAAUAUGCCUCUACAAUAUGUUCAGAUGCGUGCCACUCGGCUCAUAAUCAGAGCGGCUGGGACUCUGAAUCAAAAAGCACUUCUACAUCAUACCCCUUCGGAGAGCACUGAGGAGCUAGAAGCGAUCCAGGAAGCCGAGGAACGGGUGCCGAAAACGACCAACGCAGAGAAAGAUCCACGAGAUUUCCUUGUCAGUCCCUCGGCACUAGUUGAUAUUCGGGUCUACAAACCCGAAGUGGACGGAAAUGGCACAUGGUGGGUAUCAGAAAUUGAUUGUGAAUUCAUGGCCACUGGCUGCAGUAUCCUCGCUUGUGGUGGCGGUGGACCUGGUUAUAUGUGCUAUAUGGCCGCAAGGGCUGCCAUCAAAGCCGGACAUCGACUGCCGAUUGUCGACAUCGAGACUCUUCCUGAAGAUGGUUACGUGCUUGGUAGUAUCUCUUACGGCGCACCAACGGUCACCCUGGAGCGGAUUCCAAGUGGCACAGAGUCUGUUGACGCCACGGAUGCUCUCUUGUCGUGUCAUCCAGGAGUCAAGAUGGCCGCGCAGAUAGCGAUUGAAAUUGGAGGAAUGAAUGGAAUCCGACCUCUGUUAGUAGGAAACAGUUACAAUGUACCAACAAUCGACGGAGACUUCAUGGGCAGAGCCUAUCCGAGAAUUUAUAUCAUGACCCCAUCUCUUUUUGGCGUCCCUCUCACUCCAUGUACCCAAAGUGAUGGCAACGGGAAUGUGGUAACAGUCCAUAAGGCUUCAGACCCACGUAAACUUGAAAAGAUUCAUCGCAAGGCUGGUCAAGAGCUGGGCCUGUUCAGUGAGAUGGUCCUCCCUCCCAUAUCCAUCAAGGAAACUAAGCGAAUUGGCACUUUGGGAACCACUUCCCUUGCAUGGUAUAUUGGGCGAGCCGUGUACUUGGCCAAGCAAGAGAAGACAGACAUUAUGAAAGCCAUCGUGGAAGCAAAUCCUUCAGGUCGCGUGCUAUACACAGGCAAAAUCGUCUCUGUAACGCGCUACAUCUCAGCUGGUGGCUAUACUGAGGGCAUGGUACGCCUCAAGCCGAUUGGCAGCGAUGAGCAGGAGUAUGGCGACAUUGCAAUGACUGAAACCAGAGACAUGAUACUCCCUUUCCAGAACGAGUAUCUAUACGCCGAGCUGGUGGACCCCAAUGCCGAGAAGGGAAGUAAGGGAGAGAUCCUCUGCACCGUUCCUGACUUGAUAUCCCUGGUUGGAACAGACGGGUAUGCGUUGGGGACGCAGGAUUUGAGAUAUGGGGUCAGGGUCAGUGUUGUGGCAUUUGUCGCGCAUCCACAUUGGUACACUCCUCAAGGUAUCGCGACAGGGGGGCCUAAGGAGUUUGGGUACGAGGAUUUGGACUUCAUCCCGCUGGGUUCCCCGUAUUAUGAACCCAAGCGGGUUACCAAGGAAUUUCGGCCCAGCAUACCGUGA